AUGCAGCUGGCCAAUGCCGCUUCUGAUGAUGCUGCUGCUGCACCAGAAAGCCACGAUCGUUGUCUGAGUGCACUCGGUAACCUGAAGGAGCAGAUCCAGAAAGUAAACGAGGAGGCAUACACACGCGCCGAGAAGAUCGACGAUGCAAAACUCAUGUAUUCCUACGGACGCCUCAAGGGCAUCAUCAACAAGUGGGAGCGCAUGGGGAAACCGGGGAGCAGCGCAUAA